CUUGUGAAGCUCAAUGAUUUUCUCUCACAUAAUUGAAUCUUCACUGCCAGUGCUCUCUGUUUCUCUGUGUUUUUAUUUUAGAGAGAGAAGAAGAAGAAGAGGAGGAGGAGGAGGAGAGGGAUGGAAGGAGAAGCAAAUAGAGAGGAAGAAGAAGAAGCCCAGGCCCAUGUGGACAUAUGGAAGUACGUUUUCGGAUUUGUAGAUAUGGCUGUGGUAAAAUGUGCUAUUCAGCUCGGCAUACCUGAUGCCCUGGAAGCCCAUGGCGGCCCCGCGAAACUCUCCGAUCUUUCCUCCGCCCUUGGGUGCUCCCCCUCCACCCUCCACCGCGUCAUGAGGUUCUUAGUCCACCGUAAAAUCUUCAAAGAAGCUCCCGCCGGAUACCUCCAAACGCCACUAUCCCGCCUUCUCCUGAAAAACGGCGAAAAAAGCCUGGCUGCUUUAUUGUUGCUUGAGAGCAGUCCGGUGAUGCUUGCACCGUGGCACUGUUUAAGUGCUCGUGUCCUGGCCAACGGGAGUCCAGCAUUCGAGUCCGCCCAUGGUGAAGACAUAUGGAGUUAUGCUGAGGAGAAUCCUGGCCACAGCAAGCUCAUCAACGACGCAAUGGCUUGCGAUGCUAGGGUUGCUAUGCCGGCCAUAGUAGAAGGGUGUCCGGAGGUGUUCGACGGGGUGGAGUCCGUGGUUGAUGUAGGCGGAGGAGACGGGACAGCUCUCCGAUUGUUGGUCGAGGCGUUCCCUUGGAUUCGAGGGAUAAAUUUCGAUCUGCCUCAUGUGGUGUCUGUGGCACUGGACUGUGUCGGGGUCGAGCAUGUGGGCGGUGACAUGUUUGCUAGUGUUCCGAAGGCGGAUGCGGCAUACCUCAUGUGGGUUUUGCAUGACUGGGACGAUGAUGAGUGCAUCCAAAUCCUGAGAAAGUGCAGAGAGGCUAUCCCGAAGGACAAAGGAAAGGUGAUCAUAGUAGAAGCCGUGGUUGAAGAGGACAACAACGAUAAGCUGGAGUAUGUGAGGCUGAUGUUGGACAUGGUGAUGAUGGCGCACACAAAGAAAGGGAAAGAGAGAACUUCAAAGGAGUGGGCGUACGUUCUGAGCGAAUCUGGUUUCAGCCGACACACGAUAAAGAGCAUCAAAGCUGUUCAAUCGGUGAUUGAGGCCUACCCUUAAUUUUUAGGGUAUCUUAUCAUUCUUUCUUGUUCAAUGUGUUCAUCUCUGAAGGGUUCUUUCAUGCGUGAGAAUGAAUGUUGUAUCAGCAUAUUUAAGCUGUUUAUUUAUAUGAAGAAGAUAAUAAGCACUUGAGGCAGUUGUGGUAUUUUUUGUAUGCUUUGCUUCUAACUUUUGUUUUUUUUUUUUUCCUUCGAACUUUUAUGUUCUCAUCCCUUGGAGAUGGGUUCUUCUUGUUGAAAUAGUUAGCAUGAUUUCCACGUUUGGGAACUGUUCUUUUGGAGAAUUGGUAUUGAUAAGCUUCAAAGCAAGUAGAAGGAUUUAGUUAAAGAUCAGAUGAAGACUUUUGCCAUUACGUAUUUGAUUUUGUGGGUGUUUCAAUAAAUGUAAGCUUAUCAAUUAAGUGUGUAGCUUUGCCUAUUAAUAGGCUUGUAAUUCAUAUUGUAAAAGUAUGAGAGUUGAGUGAGAGAAAGAAAGAGAGACGUGAGUGAGAGCUUUGUAAUUGUUUGUGUACUUAAUCAAUAAAAGUGUGCUUACUAUUGUGUAUUAGAAA